AUGGGAUGGAAGCGAGGAUCGGUUAUUUUAGAGGCGAGACCUUAUGCCCACGUAAUAUGUCUGAAGUUUAGGCAGGAAAGAUGCAACUUUUGUUUAGUGAGUGCUGACAACAUGAAAAAGUGUGGAAGCUGCAAAAAGAUCUGGUACUGUGGAGUAUCUUGUCAGAAAGAAGACUGGAAGAUUCAUAAAGUUGAAUGUCAGAUCAUGAGACGGGUUCCAGACACACCUACAGACAGCUUGCGCCUUUAUUUGAGGCUUAUCAUUCGAUACCUGGCAGGUGCUGCCAAUGUUAAACAUCCUGAAGAUGAAAGUCCAUGCUUGCGUACAUUCAGUGAGCUCAUGUCUCAUGCAGACAAAAUCAAAGUGGACCCCACGAGAUCAGAACAGUUUAGAACUGCUGCGGACUUUCUUCGGGCCUAUGCUCAUGGAAUUUUGCGGCUUCCUAGCGAUGAUGUUUUACUGGACAUUUUUGGAAAGAUGGUAAUCAACACAUUCACUAUAGCAGAUGAAAUGUUACAAGAUGUUGGUGUAGCAGUUUACACUAGCCCGUCGGUGUUAGACCAUCGUUGUUGGCCCAAUGCUGUUGCUACAUUUGAUGGAAGGAAAGUGAUAGUUCGAGCUGUAGACAACAUCACCGGUGAUUCUUUGUCAGAUGUGAGUCUUGAGUUGCAAACAUGUAUUAAAUACUGGACAUCUUUAGGUGUAUUGGGUAUAUGA